AUGAACGCCUUCUCUGCGACUGAAUAUAACCGUGCUGUUCAGCAACUACGAUCUGCUCCGAAUCAGGCCCUUACACGCGCGGAAAAUGGCAGCGUAGUCGAGACUGUCCUCCUUGCCAACACAGCCUCAAGGGAUCCAAGUCUCCAAACAGCGAGAGUGCUGCAGAUCUUUUGUCACCAUCUUGACUCAGAGCGCGUCCCAGUUUAUCAUACGGGAGCUGGAAAUGGGGCACUCGAAGACCUGGCCUCUUCCGCACUGCUCGGCAUUGGGAAUCUGGGCGCUCAGGUCGUCUUGGAUACAAUACCCGGCUACAUUCCCAUUUUGGUCGAAGCCUGGCCGGGAAUAUAUCGAUGGAUGCGAUAUUUCGACACCCGCAACCGCGACGCCAAUAGUCCCAUCUCGGCCAUGAAGCGCGCAAUAGGGCAGGAAGUCAUUGCGCUGGCCUUAUACGCCCUUACUAGCGAAGACGAGAUUCGGCACCUCGCUCUCGCGACAAACGGGCUAGUUGAAUUGAUCGCGAAACUGUGGUUGGACGAGGAUAGAACUAGGAUAACCGCUGCCGAAGGAUCCUUAGGCCUUCGCGGAGCAUCGUGCGCCCUCCAUACGACGCUCUUUACCGCGGACGCACAGCAGCUCGAUGAGUUAGUUAAGAUUGCCGGCGGAGACUACUCAGUCGUUGCUGAUCUUGCCGUUGAUCGUCUUCGAAACACCCUCGAGCUCAAACCCCCACCGCCUCUGUUUGCAGAUCACGUCUUUGUAUAUAUCGACACCCUCGUCACUCUCACCCGUUGUCCAUGCCGCCUCCAACAAACUAUUCUUGACUGUGGUGCUAUCGUCUACGUCACCCGCGCGCUCAACAGACUCGCCAGCUUACUCUCCGACGGCUCGGCGUUUCGCGCGACCAUGUCCUGCUUCGGCUUCAUAUGCAACGUGAUCGAAGAAGUUGAAGAAGCUGCGAACGUGCGCCGGGCAGUUCGCAAUGGCAUGCUUGAAGCGUUCGUAAACUUCAUGCCCAGGAUGGCCGACUUGGGGCGGCAGAACCAAUUAUUCCUCAAGAGACUCAUCGGCGAUAUCAUACCUCGCUACCUGGUUUACCGCUCCGUCAUCGUGCUUGUCAUACCCGCGAUGGAGAAAAUUGACGCAAACCCUGUAUAUGUCAAGCAGAUCAGGGCGUCACCUUUUAGAGAUGCAUGGCUGAAGACGAAGCAGCUUGCGAAGGAGCGCUGGCAAGUGAAAGAUACGUCGGACGUGUUGAAGAACGAGCAAAGUUCUUGUGAUAACUGCCAUGCGCGCAAGCUCAAAUCCGAGUUCAGAAAAUGUAGCGGUUGCCAUGUCACGCUGUAUUGCUCAAAGGAAUGCCAAGUCACCGGUUGGAAAACUAGACACAAAAGAGAGUGCAAGUCUCGAAACGAGGAGCGGACUUCGACCGAUCGCAAUGCGCUCAAGAAGCAAGACCGCAUCUUCCUUCAGCAUUUGGCGACGCACGAGGCCGUUAAGAACUUGGGCGAGUUGCGCCGCAUUGCAAAGCUCAAGUUCCCGUCGGAACAACUGUCGCGCUUAGGCAUUCAGAUCGACUUCUCUCACUAUCCUACGACUUACGAUGUCUUCCGCCUCGACACAUACGAGAUGAAGACAUCUGGCGACGCACGUGUGGUCGGUAAAGCUAUCGACGGGCAAGGGCGUCAUACGCUCGUUCAAACCAUCAUCAGCUCUGGGCGGACCAAUUCGCUCUCGACUGUGCUCAGCGCCGGAUCUAUCUGGGACACGGGGGAUACCGCCCUUGCAGUCAUGCCAUGGACGCCGCCCGCAGGUGAAGGCGACGGCGCCGUGACUCUGUAUGGAGAGGAGUCUUCUGAAGUUGACUAG